AUGAGUAAGACACUGGGUCUUUUCACUUCCAUGAGGGAACGUGACCCUGCAAUGGUUAUUAGGAUGCAAUUGGACGAUGAAAAGCGGAUCAAAUCUCUGUUCUGGUGCCACGGGUCUAGCCGUUUCAACUACUCUUGCUUUGGUGACGCUAUCACUUUUGAUACAACCUACCGCACCAAUUUGUACAACCUUCCUUUUGGUUUGUUCGUGGGUGCUAAUCAUCCUUUCCAGACCAUUAUAUUUGGAGCAGUUCUGCUCACGGAGGAGGCGACGGAUGCAUUUCAGUGGACUUUCCGGACUUUUGUUGAGGCUAUGGACGGACAACAUCCUAGGACGAUUCUGACAGACCAGUGCCUGGCUAUGAAAACUGCGAUUGCUACGGAGCUACCAACCAGUAGGCACCAUUGGUGCAAGUGGCACGUGUUGAAAAAAGCUAAAGAGUCGCUAGGAGGCAUUUACAGUAAGAGCUCUGCCUUUAAGAAGCAAUUGCAUGAGCUGGUUGCUGAGAUAGUUUCUAUCCCAGAGUUUGAGACACGAUGGGCUCAGUUAGUAGAGGAUCAUGGUCUUAGGGAGAACGAGUUUCUUGACCGCGCUUACUCUAAUCGGGAAAUGUGGGCUAAGCCCUAUUUCACCGAGACUUUCUGUGCGGGGAUGACUAGUACUCAACGUAGCGAGAGCGCUAAUCAUCUGCUGAAGACCUAUAUACCUCGGUCGGCUCCCAUGCAUCUUUUUGUUUCACAGUACAACAGGAUGAUCGCUGAUCGUGAGGCCGACGAAGGAAAGGAGGAGCACGCCACAAAGCAGGUUCUGGUCCAUCAUGGCUUUACUAAGAUUCCUCCUGGUAUUUUGCUGAAGCGAUGGACUAGGGAAACCAAGGCUUUUGGUGAUCCAAAGCUGGCAGCAGUUAUCUCAGCGCAGCAAGCUACUGAUCUUGAUUUUUCUGGUAUGCACACUUUACUGUAUGCUGCCGUGAUGGAGCUCGUUGGUCUUGCAUCCACGUCAAGGCCAGCUUUUGAAAUUGGGAUGCAGACUUUGUCCCGUGGGAAACAAGCCAUUACUUCUUUGACGUUGGUUGCAAAUGCGGGACCUGUUGCUCCAGCUGCUGCAGCUGACGCCCUGGACGCCGAUACGGGUGCAGAUGCCGAGCUUGGCGGUGCAGCUGCACCGCCACGUGCUCGUUCUCGCGGGAGGCCUGCAAAGUCUCGCAUGAAGUCUGCUGUGGAAAGCCCUGGUGCCAUGAAGGGCAAGGAUACCAGGGCCGGUGUGGCUGUUCGCCAGUCAAAGAGACUGAAGCAGAUCCUUGAAGUUGAUGUUGCUGCCGGUAAAUGCAGGUUAUGUGGUUCUAGUGAUCACUUUGCUAGUGCUUGCCCGGAAAACAUUGUUGCAGAUCCCAAAUCUGCGGCUGCCUGGAAGUGCAAGGUGUGCGGUGAAGAAGGCCAUUACAGAAGUACCUGUGGGCGCGUCUCAACGUACCAUGGAGGCAAGGGGAAAUGA